AUAACAGACAGGACAUAUUAAUGCUGAAUGUCUUAAAUUUUGAGAAGUGCUUCCAUUUUCUUUCCUUGGUGAUUUCUUCUAAAGACUUCCGUAGCCCAGGACUUGGAAAAACGAAGGCUUUUAUCCAUGCUGGAGGAAUGGCUCUUACUGUUAAAGACUGAGGCAGAUAAAUGUAUUUAUCUCAGUGUGGCUCUGUGCUAAUCUUCCAGGUAAAGUCAUUUGCCAGGCCAAUGGUGUAACCUGCAGUGUGAACUACUCAAAAGAAGACAAACUGUGUGAGUAAGAAACGUGGCUGUUUUAAUGGCACAUUGUCAUUGUGAUUCUUCAAUAACUUAGGAAAGAAUUCCUGUGAAGGUAUUUUAAUGCAUUAGUGUAGUUACAUUGUAGUGAAAGUUUGGAGUGUUUUUGAAUCACACUGAAAUACUGAAAAUGUAUUUUAAAUCCAAAAAGAAAGUGGGGUCCUACAAAGCCUUUACUUUUUGUAAAGGAGUAUCAGUAUGCACUAGAUUGUGUGUAGGUUUUGUUUUAAAUUGCAGGGAUUCCACGAAGCAAAGCUCAGCCCUGUGCUGAUGGUAAACUGCAGUCAAGAAGGGCUGUGAUUGAACACAUUGCAGAAAUCAGCAUUUUAUUUACCCUACCACAGCACUGCUGUGCUCUUCCUGUAGCCCAGAGCCAGAGUCCAAAACAGAGUGGGGUCCUGAGGUCCCUAUGGGGCAGAGUCCCACCACCCUUGUCCAGGGUGCAGUUCUUUGCCCUUUUGUGAAUGGCUGUGGGAGAUGGAUUUUUGCUGCAACAACUGAAAGGAAUUGCUUGUGUUUCCCUUGCUGUGAGCAGGGAGUAGGUCUGAACUGAGCCUAUGCUGGUUCUAAGUGUUGGGAACCCUUCCUGUGCUGUAUCUGUAGCACUCCCAGUACCAAUAUUUGAGGACUCUGUAGCUUGUGUUCUGUUUGCACUGCCCUCAGAACCCCUGCAGGGGUGGAGGGUGUUCUCCAAAGCCAUCUUGAACCACAUCUAAAAUUAAUUAAGAGUAGAGCUAAUGAGCAGUUGACCAUCUUUCACCAUUAAUUUUGGACAGUAAUUUUGCUUUAGUUAUAGCUCUGUAUUUGAGGAAGUGAGAUCAGUCUAGAUGUACUGUACCUAGUCUAGUCAGAGAAUGCAUAACUUGGCACUAGGUUCUGCUGUGUUCCAGAAACUCAGACAAGAGGAGGAAGUGGGUGUGCUGAGAAAUAAAAAGCUCACAGCUGUGUAGGUCUGUUGGCACUGGGUUUAUUUGUUGUUACCCAAGUGAGCACUAAAAAGAGAAACCUGAUGGGCUCUGCAGCCCUUCUGUGGGACCAUGUCCAAACCCACUGUUCAUAAAUGCCAAAGGUGUAACAAAGUCACGAGUUUGGGGUUUGUGAUCUGCUUCAUUAAAACAUCUCACCCAAGUAAAAACUGCAAAUUGCAUUUCUGCAUCUUUGAAUGAAAUCUCAAAGCCCCAGGUCAAGGUGUUUGUUCCUCACCCAGCCUGAAGCGCCGGCACUCAGCAGCUGUGAGCUGGAGCCAGAGCAGAAUUCCCUGUGAGCCACAAGAACAAAGCAUCUGUAUGAACUGGUUCUUCACACUCCUGCCUUCAUCUGAAGAAGGAUCAUGCAAUUUCUUUUACUGAGGAGCAGAAAGGAGAGCUCAUUCUGCUGCUGGCAGAGUCUGGAAGAAUCAGUGUUUUAUCCCAGUUGGCUCCAGGAUGUCCUUUCUGGAAGUCUUGCUCUGUGUCCUGUUCCUGGCCAGCGGAUCCCUGGGUGAAAAAGGAGCUCUAAAACCCAACUGCAGUGGAGUUGAGGACUUUGAGGCCUGCCUGGGUAACACAACUCAAUUCUGUCCUAGUCAUUUUCCUUGUCUGUGUAAAAAUGGAGAACCUUUCUGCAGAUGUGAUUACUUCAGAGUGGGCUGGAAGGACUACUGGUACAUGGGCCCCAAAUGUAACCACCUUUGGAACACUCUAGAUUUCAUUUUAGUGGCUACUGUUCCUGCAGUAACACUGGUUAUCAUAGUGACUGUAAUAUUUUCCUGUUUCUACUGCUGUAAAAGUGAAAAACCUGGGAAGCAGCCAAACUCUCCCUACCUUGAGGCACAGCACAACCCUGCCUUCAGUGCUGACACACCUGCCCACCUGGGGCACAGGUACCCACAGCCACCCAGGGAUCAGGAUGGCUGGGGUGGACAAAUUCCAAAAACUUCACUGAGAAGAGAAGAUUUUGAUGAAAUCUCAAUCCCAAGCCAAAGAGGGAAUUACAGUUCCAUGUAUUCUCAGCCCCCGAGGAGACCAGAUCCAACCACAGACCGCUUCUCUCUGCCCAGGCCCCAGUGGGAAGGAUUUGACUAUCCCAGAAAGAAUUUGCCUCCUGCAGAUUAUGCAGGGGGCAGACAAUAUCAGAGAUACUAAGAACAAGUGCUCUCUAUAUCAGAAAUAUCUUGGAAUGCUGCUGAUCACUGGGUAAUCUAGAUGCUGAGAGAGCAGUGAGACCCUGUGGAUUGGGACACAAAGGAAUUGGCCAUCACUACUAGAAAGCAUUAAAAGUUAUUGCAAAGAAAAGGUACAGAAGAUAAUUAUAAACCAAAACAUGAUAUAAUAUGAUCUUAGCAGCUGAUUGUUUACUCUGUAAUUGGUGACAACUCUUUGUGAACGCCUGACAUUACAGUUCCCAGAGCUGCUGCUCAGUAUUGCUGAGGUGGUUGCACAUCUGUUGGGACACAGGUUCUUUGGGAUUAACCUUGUGCCCUGUGCCUAAAUGACAAGAAGUCCCUGUCACAAGAAGCUGCCUCAGAAGACACUCAUGCUGUUUACAGGGCCAUGAAUUUCUCUUAGCUAUAAUUUUGAAGAUUCUUCAGGGCAUUGUAGCAAGUAGAGCCUGCUGUACCCUGACUGACAUUGCUUUGCUUUUCCCCUUAAAGGCCAAUAUUUAAAGAAAGAAAACAAAAAAUUACAUAUUAUUCUGAGCUAGAAUAGUUUGCCUUUAAAACUGCCAUGGCUUUCUUUGUAACUUUUUCUGUAAAUGAUGAAAAUAAAUGAAGCUGUGGAAGAUUGACUACCUUGCCACUAACAAAUUAAA